AUGCCGCCGGAAUCGCGCGUGGAUAACGAGCAAGUCUACUAUUUCCUGCUGAGCAACCUCAACGACAGGCUGUCCAUCGAGGGAUUCGCCUACGAGCCCAUCAAGCUCGGCGGUGUCUACUGGACGUUGACGGCCAUUUCGCUCCUUAAGGGCGCAGUUAACGACAUUGUGCACCCCAGACUGAACCGCGAUCUGGAAACCAUAGUCUACGACAUUGUCGAGGGCUCCAAGAACGCGGACGGCGGCUUCGGCAACGCUCCUGGCCACCCCUCCUCUAUUAUCGCAACUCAUUAUGCUAUCCUCACACUGAGCCUGCUGGGGAGGCAGGACUCCAUCGACAAGGAGCUCACGGCGAAGUACAUCUCGGGACUGCAGAACGCGGAUGGGAGCUUCAACUGCGACCUCUUUGGAGAGGCGGACGCAAGGCACAUCUACAGCUCUGUGAUCUGCCUGUCUGUGCUGGGCGCGCUGGACAGCGUAGACGUGGGCGGGAUCGUGCGGUUCCUGUUGAGUUGCCAGAAUGCUGACGGCGGGUUCUGCUGGUACCCUAGGGGUGAAUCGCACGCUGCAGCCGCGUUCUGUUGUGUCGGCGCGUUGUCUGAGUUGGGUGCGCUUCACCUGGCGGACCUGGACGCAUUGGGGCUUUGGCUUGCCGAACGGCAGACUCCAGGUGGCGGUUGCAACGGGCGAGCGGAGAAGGCGCCCGAUAUAUGCUACUCCUGGUGGGUGCUCUCCGCACUACACAACAUAGGCCGAUUUGAGUGGUUCGACUCGGAGAAACUCGUCGGCUUCAUAACCCGGGCGCAAAACCAGGAAGACGGCGGCAUCGCCUAUCUACCAGGGUUCAUGGGGGACGUAUUCCACACCUUCUUCGCGCUCGCCGCGCUGGCACUGAUUGACCACGAGCGCUUCGGGCUUACGCAGGUCCAUCCUGUCUACGCCACCACGCCUUUCGGGCUCCGGGGGCUGACUGGCAUUCGCGGAAACACGGGUGAAUGA